UGGUCUCUAGAUCCCGACCAGUUCGCGUCGCUCGGUCCAGGAUCGGUUCGCGAUCCAUUUACGUCGUCGUUCGUUCAUCCGUAGAAAUGAGAGACUUUCUAUUCUAAAAGCUAAAAUCAAAUUUACUCUUUUUGGACGGGGAGAGCUUUCGAAAUAAACCCAGGAGGUUUGUAUCAAAUCGUUUUACGUUGACGACAGCUGCGAAUUUAUAGAAGGUUUAUUUUUUUACGUGCGGUUUAAGUUCGUAUAUAAUAGAGUUGUUGCAUUUGGGGGAUUUGAUAAAGUGAUAAAAAUUUCUUACAAAUUUUAUGCUGUUGGAGACAUUAUUGUGUCCUAACGAAGAGAAAACGAUGAUGAAAUUCUCAGAAAUCAUCGCUGAACUGGUGAUAUCGAUGGGAACGGUAGCGUGACGGAAAAUGUUAAGCUACACAAUUGCAGGAGUGCUCCUGCAUUUAUUACUGCAAUGUCCUGGAACGGCCUCGGUCAGCUGGGAGGAAUGGUGGACGUACGACGGGAUUUCAGGGCCAGCUUUCUGGGGCUUGAUAAACCCGGAGUGGUCACUGUGCAACAAGGGUCGCAGACAGUCCCCCGUUAAUCUGGAGCCAAAUAAGCUGCUCUUUGACCCCAAUCUCAGGCCUCUGCACGUCGACAAACACCGGAUUAGUGGGUCAAUUAGUAACACAGGUCAUAGCGUAAUAUUUACCGUCGACAACGAUACAAGGCAUCAUAUCAACAUAACAGGUGGCCCUUUGUCGUACAAAUACCAAUUUCAUGAAAUUCAUGUACAUUACGGUCUCCAUGAUCAAUUUGGAUCGGAACAUUCCAUAAAUGGCUACGCUUUUCCAGCUGAGAUACAGAUUUUCGGCUUCAACUCGCAAUUGUAUUCCAACUUUUCUGAAGCGCUACACAAAGCUCAAGGGAUCGUUGUGAUAUCAUUGCUUCUUCAGCUUGGUGAUUUAUCAAACCCAGAAUUGAGAAUAUUAACUGAUCAAUUAGAUAAAAUUAAAUAUGGAGGUGAAGAAAUUGAAGUAAAGAGACUGUCCGUAAGAGGUUUAUUACCGGAUACUGACUAUUAUAUGACUUACGACGGCUCGACGACGAUGCCAGCGUGUCACGAAACCGUCACGUGGUUGAUCCUCAACAAGCCCAUUUACAUAACCAAGCAACAGAUGCACGCCCUUCGCAGACUGAUGCAGGGGGAUGCUAAACACCCCAAGGCACCCCUCGGGAACAACUUCAGACCGCCACAGCCCCUACAUCAUCGCCCCGUCAGGACAAAUAUUGACUUCAACGUCAAACAGCCCGGAGUGGCUGGCAAACAAUGUCCAAGUAUGUACAAAGACGUACAUUAUAAAGCAAACAGCUGGAAACAACACUAAGAAGAUUAAUCAAUAUAAAAAAUGUGUAAAUUAUAAAAAAUAGUGCUAAAAAUGUCAAUAUCAAAAAGUUGUGACUAUGUAUAUUUCGUACAGAAUUAAGAAAAGAAUCAAAUGAGUGACAUGAAAAGACAAAUUAAUUAUUUAUAAUAGUGAAGUGUGAAGUAUUAAGAGAAAAAAAUUAUAAAUAAUAGUGCAAUUCCGGUCGAGGUUAAAAAUAAGAAGAGGAAAACGUAAAGUAUAUUAUAAAUACAAAGAAACAUAUCAUAUUUUGCGGAAGAUCCGGUGGAUUGUAAAAUGAAAUUCGAGUUAAUUGUAUAGUCGACGUGUUGGGCUAAUGUGAUGACGCUUUAAUUUAGGAAUUAAAAUCUAGAAUUAAAAUGAAAUUUUGUUUAAAAAAAAAAGAAAAUCGGACUCGAACGGAGUCGAUUAUAAGAAAAUAUAAGUGUUUAGAAUGAAAGUUUUAUAAACUCGCGGUGAUGUUUGUUUUGUAAAUGUUCCGAUUUUAGUUUUUGUAAAAACAUGAAUAUACUGAUUUAGCGCAGUAAUAACAUUAAAAAAAUUUGUCAAAAACCAUUGAGGAUCAUUGAGGAUUCUAAAACAAAAAAAAAUCUAACUAAAAAGAACGCUUAGCAUAUUCAUAUCAUUGUAAAAUUGGACUAUGCGUUAUUUUCAAACAAAAAGGUAAACUAAACAAGAGUUAAAAAUAAAUAAAU